CCAGGCAGCAAUUACGCUUUGGGGAUAAAACGAGGCGCAGAGAGCAGGCUGGGGCAGUCCUCCCCGAGAUGGCGGGUCUGACAGCGGCAGUCCCGCAGCCUGGCGUCUUGCUGAUCCUCUUGCUCAACCUCCUCCAUCCCGCGCAGCCUGGAGGGGUUCCAGGAGCUGUGCCUGGUGGAGUUCCUGGCGGACUUCCUGGUGGAGUUCCCGGUGGAGUCUAUUAUCCAGGAGCUGGUAUCGGAGGAGGCCUGGGAGGAGGAGCUCUGGGACCUGGAGGAAAACCGCCUAAGCCAGGUGCCGGACUUCUGGGAGCGUUUGGAGUAGGUCCUGGAGGACUUGGGGGUGCUGGCCCCGGGGCAGGUCUCUCCUAUGCUUCAAGGCCAGGUGGUGUUCUGGUGCCUGGGGGAGGAGCAGGGGCUGCAGCAGCUUAUAAAGCCGCAGCCAAAGCUGGGGCUGGGCUUGGAGGCAUUGGCGGAGUUCCAGGGGGUGUUGGCGUUGGUGGAGUUCCUGGGGCUGUUGGCGUUGGUGGAGUUCCUGGGGCUGUUGGAGUUGGCGGAGUUCCUGGGGCUGUCGGUGGUAUUGGUGGCAUCGGUGGCUUAGGAGUCUCAACAGGUGCUGUGGUGCCUCAACUUGGAGCUGGAGUCGGAGCCGGAGGAAAGCCUGGGAAAGUUCCUGGUGUCGGUCUUCCAGGUGUAUACCCAGGCGGAGUGCUCCCAGGAACAGGAGCUCGGUUCCCUGGUGUGGGAGUGCUCCCUGGAGUUCCCACUGGCACAGGAGUCAAGGCCAAGGUUCCAGGUAUGUAUAACCAACUGUGCUGGGGGCCAGGGUAGGAUCCUCUGCCUGCCUUCAGGCCCCUCUGACCUGGA